AGUUUCUCAGCGUAUAUACGCUUGCGAAAUCGAUACCGAUGCCCAAGCCAAUUUCAACUUCAGACCUGAUCUUCUCGUCACAAGCGACUGAUUUUGCCCGCACGCUGUCGUCUCUCAAACGGUCCACGCUCAACGUACCAAAUCGCCUUCGGUCUAUAGCCGAGGACGCCGAUUUCGUGGCCGAAGUCGCUUCCGCGUUCGACUUACCGCUCGUGGCCAAUGAGAGAUGUGGCAGCUGGUACAUCCGUCCGGAGAAGAAGGCGGAAAGCUGCUACUUCAAGAGCACGGACGGGCACGACGGGCAGUGGAGCUUCUCGCUGCGCAGGCUGAACGUGCAGGUCUUCGACGUGGUCGCGAGGAGCGGGGGCUGCGUCGUCGUCGACUCGACCAGGAGGGGCAAGGCCAUGCCGGACGCGCUGGCGAAGACGGUGCCGAUCUGGUGCGCCGUCUUCAACCGGGCCCUCUUCCCCCACGACGUCGAGGCCGGCAGGCUGUACACGCCGCCCAGGUGCGUGUCGCCGAACGAGCAUGCGCAGAUCGAGCGCAGGAUCGACGGGUUUGUCGGCGAGCUGCAAGGUCUGGCGCUCGACUUCGCGGAGCUUCGGGCGAAGGUGAAGAGGCCUCUUCGGCCCCUGUGGGUCACGAGGGAGUCGGACCUGCCGGCCUCGGCGCCGCGCUUUGAAGCGUUCUGUCCGGUCGUGCUCUGCACGGCGAGCAGGAGAGUUGUUGGCGGCGAGAUCUCGGAGGGCGGAUACAUCCAAGGCGCUGGCGACGACGCCGAGGGGUGGUCGCACGGUCUAACUCCCGCGCUGUUCUGGGCACAUAAGCAGGAACUGCUGUCUGCCCGCGAGGAGGAUCUGUCGGACCUGAUCGCCUCGUACCUCUCUACGUCUGUGAACAACGAGGGCGACUCGAAGGUAGCUACCGUCAAAAGAGCAUCUUGGCUAGGCAUUGGUUCGUUCAGCUGCUUGACUGCAUCUAGCUUCACCGACGACUGUGCAGUCGUCACGGUCGGUAUACGCAAUGCCUUGCCAACGUCACGUCUGUCUCCUAAACUUCAUCUCCAUCUUGAAUGCAGAGAAAGGAAGCUGGGAAGUAGAGACCUGAGGACCCAGUUGCCGCAGCUUCGCCCCUUCGUGGAGGGGCUGCAGUCGGUCGAGCACGUGGUGGUUUGCGACGCAACAGGGAGAGAUCUGGCCGUGGGAGUUGCGCUUGCCCUCCUGUGCUUGUACGCGGACGACAGCGGACUUUUCUCGAAGAUGAGAUCGCCGCAGAUCAUAGACAAAGGGUUCAUCAAGCAGAGGCUGAGCUGGAUCAUGACCAGCUAUCCGGGCGCGUCGCCUUCGCGGACCACAUUACAGUCGAUCAACGACUACUUACUCUCCGAGCAGGCGAGAAAAACUCCCGUCUGCUUCAAGGCGUCGACUUCCGCCGACGAAGAACGUGAUUCUCCCGCGAAGAGGAUUUUCAAGGACCUGGAAGGUCAAUGGACACUAGAUAGAGACAUCAUAAGCUUCCGAGACGAUAGCCUCGGGGGUAAGGUUACAGGCACGGCUAUUUUCUUGGCUCGUACGGCUACUGCGGAAGACGCUGAGCUUGAAUAUCUAUACCGCGAAGAGGGCAAUUUCACUGCCAUCACAGGUGUCGAAAUGACCAUUAACCGAAGAUGGAUCUGGCGGCUUUCCAGACGGGCAAGCGAGGAAGAAAUUCCGUGCGUGAGCAUCCAUUUCGUCAAGGCUGAUGGUGAGACGGAAGACUACCUGUACAACAGACUGGCUUUGACUGCGGAACAGAUAGGCUGUGCCACGACCAAAGUCCUAUCCGCGGAUGCUCAUCACGCUUGCGGACGAGAUCUCUACGUCUCCAGCUACGAGUUCCGCUUGCGGAACGGCAGGCUGGAAUCUUGGAACGCUAAGCAUGAGGUCAAAGGGCCUGCGAAAGAUUAUGUGUCCACCACCAGGCUUUGUAAGGUAGAUCCCAGCAAGCAAAGCUCCUAGAUAAAAAAGAAUGCAUGGCGACAGCUCCAGAACGAAGGUCCAUGCACGUCAGAUCAAAGUUGUCUCACCUCUUGGAUGGACUUCGUUUUAGAGCUGUCUGUGGCCAAGAAACCACAAAGACUGGUGCCAAACCCCGACUGCAGAAAAGCAAAUGGGAAAGCAAGCAGCCAGCAAAGAAGCUCUUUGUCCAAGAAGUGGGGGUGGGUAGACUGACUUUACAGCUUGCAACGCUCCAGGGAUAGCAUUUCCAACCUUCCAUUCGAUCGCUUCUCCGCCGCUGAUCCAUAGUGUCGAUCGCAGCGGCCAGACAUUGGUUCCAUAUCGGCGAUUGUGGUCGCGGCAAGGCAGAUUUCACGCUGCAGCUCCGUCUAGGUGUUCUUUAUCUUCUCCCAGCCGCCACGCGGUCAGAAAAGGGAAAAGAAGAAACAAAUAAAAAGGUUCGUAUCGCCACGCGGAUCCUCUGACCGGGAUCCCAACAGAAACGCCGUUCACAUAUGACGAGUCGGCUGGCCGGGAUUUCGGAUGCUCUGUGAGGAAGAAGAAAAAAAAGGCCAAUGGAUGAUGCGCAGAGCAAAAGCGGUCGGAGCCAGUUCUCCCCGUGACAGAGCAGAUGAGCGAAAUCUGCUUGCCCUCACCCCUCCCUGCUGCCAAAAACGGGCAAGCGGUUCUGGAGUGUGGUGUCGAGGAGACUAUUGAUACCAUGCGACGGUCUAGACUGCCCACUUCGAGCGGGAGAUUCAGAACCCAAUAGUAGAGCCUGCAAUUAAGACUAUGCGUGUGCGAUUGGCCUUGUGAUGCCGGAAAAUGUGUGGGGGAAAAAUAAAAUGGUUUCGACGUAGUUCUUUGGGGUGAGGGCUCUAGAGAACCGACGUCAUUUACGAGAUCAGUGAGUGAGAAGGGGGAAGGUUAUCCGCCUGUUUGGCCCUGCUCUUAUCAUUGAUUGGAUCCAUCAAACGUCGCCCCAAAAAUUGAAAAGAAAAAUUGUUCGCUACAACUUCUGUUGCUUCGAACGUUUGGAGUUUGCUCGAAAGGAGGCAAGUUGGCAAGCAGAGGAACUGAAGACUUGGGAGCACAAUGAAAAAGACUAUGAUAAGACAGCAUUUUGAUAUUUGUCAAUAUCUUGUCAGACAAAGAAGAACCAAAGACUGGCCAGGAUGCAUUUCGAAUUAGAAUGCCAUUACAGC